CGUCAGAUCGUUUCUUGUCGGUAACCAAACCCCUCGUCGACUGGAAAAUGAUCAAAAUAGCGAUUUUACUCGUUUGCGUUGCCGUUUCUUUUGCUGAGCCCCAACGUCCAAAUUUUUACCUUCCGAUUCCAUUCAACCAACAUGGGAGUGUUGGACCGUACAACUACGUUCGCGUGAUGCAGCAACCCUUUCAUCAUCCAGUCAACCGGGUCCCUAUCGUAACGACCAAUAGAUUACCCAGUCCUUCCUACCCAACUAUCGUUCGGUUACCUGCUCUGCCCAGUCUGCGUCAAUUCAGACUUCCGCCAGGUGGUUAUUUCAUCAUCCCAGCUUCAGCACUUUACGGACAGCAACAUGAAUCUUCCAUCCUGGCGGCGCAAAGGUUUUUCCGACCGAUCGGUUUACCAACAGCUCCACAGGUACGUCCAGCUGGCGCCGAGGAUGACGAAUGCCAAGAUGACUCGGCAGACCUUCAGUCUACAGAAGAGACUGAAGAGCAAAUCUAAAAUUAGUGCAUUAACAUUAAAUGUUGUCUUUAAAAAUAUUUCCGAGUUACUUGUGGUAUAAAGGGGGAGGGGUGGACACACACACAGCAUUUGGGGAACUAAAAAUCAGCAAUAAUAAAAAAUACUUUAUUUAAAUCAAA